AUGGAUCUCUCAAUUAAUAAUAAUGUUGUAGUUGAACAUAUCAGAUGUAAUUCUGACAUCACAGAACAGUGUAAUAUCACAAGAAAGUGUGCUGUCAACAGAACAGUGUGCUGUUACACAUUAUGUGUGCUGUCGCAGGGACAUUUCCAACAUUACAGUGUGAUGUUGCAGAACAAUGCUGUCAUAGAACAGUGUGCUGUCACAAGAAGAUGUGCUGUCCCUGGACAGUGUGCUAUCUGUCUAGAGAAGUGUGCUGUCUCCAGAGAAUCGCUGGAAAACUUCGGCAGAAGUGAAACAGUGAAAGUGAUACUAGGAACAGUUAUCAGCAGGUCCUCAGCUACAGACUUAGAACAACUAGCAACCACAAUGUUGCUUUUUCGAGGAUCAUCCCUUCUCUACUACUGUAUCAUCAUAUCCUUGGCUAAAACUUGUGCAAGGAUCAAUCCAGGUUCUCCAAGAAAGCAGGCCAAAAGUUUUCCAGAACAUGCCUCUAGUAGUUCCUCUCCAAUAGAUGGAGUCGAGGGUGAGGGAAUAAACUGCCGGGUGCCAGUUACGCUUAAAUGUCAAUAUGGGGAAAGAUCUUGUCAAAAUAGAUGUGGAAAAAGUGUCAAAGGGGAACAAAUAAAACAGUUCUAUUGUCAAUGCGACAAUUUGUGUUCUCAUUUUCAAGAUUGUUGCUAUGACUACAAGGAAUUGUGCCUAUGUGAUUCCAAACCACAUUCAGAAAAUGAAAAGGCAAAAAAUAUUUCUGACGCAGUUCCAUUAAAUACCACAGUUGAUGGUUGCGUUACGCUUAACACCACCGCAGCAAAGGGCGAUGUUACACUUAAUAGUACAAGGGGUGACGGUGCAACACUAAACACGGUAGGACUGAAAAAUGAACAAUCAGCAAAUGAUAACAUGAGGCAUAUUUAUGCUUGUGUUCCCGUGAGGGGAUAUAUACGAGUGUACCUCAUAGAUGUAUGCCACAUUGACUUUGAAGGAACUGCGUUAGAAAGAAAAUGUCAGACAUAUGAAGAAAAUGAGCUACUCGGUGCUGCCCCAAGUUACGAUCCAAUGACGCAGCAACAUUAUAAAAAUAUAAACUGCGCAAAGUGUAACUACGUUCAGAAAUCUGUUAUGUGGAAAAUGGAGAUAAAAUGUGAUGUUGAUAUCAUAAAUAUCAAGUUUCUUGAGUCAUUCGAUUUCAACACAGUCUUUGGUUUAAUCAAAGACCGGCUAUGCCACCUUGAAUAUUUCGAACCCAAUGGCAGUGCUCUCGCGAGGCCAUGCAUUGAUACCUUAUAUGGAAAUGGAGGAACAUGUAUGAAUGAAACAGUUGGUGAGAAAUGCGUCACAUAUGGAAUGAAUCCUGUUGCUGAUUUUUUCGAAAUAUAUCACAAUGUUUAUUGCUGGCAGAGUAGGCAAUGGCAUGAUUAUCCAAUACUUAUGGCGCCUGAAAGCCACCUAUGUUACAUGGACUUUCCCAUCAAGAAUAAGAAUGACCUAACAAUUCUACGAUUCUAUUCAUUUGAGAUAUUAAUAGAUGUUCUCAGUGAUAAUGAUAGGAAUAUCAUAGUUAAUCCAUUGGAUCCAAAUCUGGGGGAGGGAGUGUGGAAAUGUGAUGGAAGAGCUGGAUGCUCAAUAAAAAGAUGCCCCAUAGGGUUUCAAAAAGUUGCAAAUAAAUGUACAUUUAAAGACACAUUGAUAAAUGUAACAGUUAAUGUGCAUUUUAAACAGAAGUCAUUUAAUGUUUUGCGAGAUAAUAUUAUAUCUGCAUCAUAUCUUAUAUCAAUUGUAUAUGAGAGUCUUGGACCAGCCUGGCCAGCUAUGACAAAUAUGUACACGGGAAAGAUACCCUAUAAGCUAUAUGUUCCACUGGGAAAUGAAAUCGGCAUAUUGGCCAAUAUUACAGAUGUCAUGGAUAAGAAGUUCCAAAAUCUUCAAAGAGUUUUCAAUGAAACAUUCAGUACAUAUUCUAUGAAUGUGACAUAUUCGUUGCCUCCUAUGAACACACGCCCACACAAAACACAGUCUGAGAAUGAGGUUGGCUCCAAAGACGUGAACCCCAAAAAGAACACUGUAAAUGCCCAGCCAAAUAUGAAGUCCAGUUAUGCACUGGUAUUUGGAACCAUUAUGAUUGGAGCAAUCAUAGGAUCUUUUAUCCAAAAACAUUGAAUAUUCAAUGGGAAAUAUUACACUUAAACAUUUAGGCCAUUUGAUGGACCAUACAUAUUUAAGACAAUUGAUGUUCCCUCAGUUAAUUGAUACCAAUCAGGCAAUCAAACAAUAUUGCCCAAUUUAGCAUAAUGGCAUUCAGUCCAUUGCCCAUUAGGCAACUAGUUUUCCAAGUUCAAGUUUAAUGCAAUGAGUUGCAAGUAAUUGCGAACCAUGGGGAGUAUGAGCAUAUGAUUGAUUCUCUUAUGAGCAAUAU